AUGUCCUCCUUUGGUAACAUCUUCAGAGUCACCACCUACGGUGAGUCCCACUGCAAGUCUGUGGGCUGUAUUGUCGACGGGUGUCCUCCAGGCUUGGAGUUGACAGAGGCAGAUAUCCAACCUCAGUUAAGUCGAAGAAGACCUGGCCAGAGUAAGCUAUCGACGCCUAGAAACGAGAAGGACCAGGUCCAUAUUCAGCUGGGAACUGAGUUUGGCAAGACCUUGGGUACUCCCAUUGGUAUGUUGGUGCACAACGAAGACCACAGACCCCAUGACUACUCGGAGAUGGACUUGUACCCCAGACCAUCUCAUGCUGAUUACACCUACAUCAAGAAGUACGGGGUAAAGAGCGCUUCGGGCGGUGGCCGCUCGUCUGCUAGAGAGACGAUCGGCAGAGUUGCCGCUGGUGCUAUCGCUGAGAAGGUGCUCGCAAAGGCCAACAACGUGGAGAUUGUUGCCUUUGUCUCCUCCAUUGGGGAAGUGGCAAUGGACAGAAACCCACAGGAUGAAAAGUUUCAGGAUUUGCUCAAUACCAUCACCAGAGACCAGGUGGAUGCUGCUGGCCCCGUGAGAUGUCCCGAUGAGACCGUCAGAGAAGAGAUGGUCAAAGUGAUCGAGAAGUACAGAGAUGCUAAGGACUCCAUUGGCGGUGUCGUAACGUGUGUGAUCCGCAACUGUCCGAUUGGUCUUGGUGAGCCUUGUUUUGACAAGUUGGAGGCCACCUUGGCCCACGCCAUGAUGUCGUUGCCAGCCACAAAGGGCUUCGAAUUCGGCUCAGGGUUCGCCGGCACCAGGAUCCCUGGCUCUGUCCACAACGACCCCUUCCAUUUCUGCAACAACUCGCAAAGAUUGAGAACGAAAACCAACAACUCAGGUGGUGUGCAAGGUGGUAUCUCCAACGGAGAGAACAUCUACUUCUCUGUUGCCUUCAAGUCUGCUGCAACCAUCUCUCAGGAGCAGCCUACUGCCACUUACGAGGGUAAAGACGGGGUGCUUGCUGCAAAGGGUAGACACGACCCUUCGGUGACGCCUAGAGCUGUCCCUAUUGUCGAGUCGAUGGCUGCGUUGGUGCUUGUAGACCAAUUGUUGAUGCAGAAGGCCCGUGAGUACGGCCGCUCCGUUGUGGAAGGAAGCCUGUAA